AUGACCAACCCGGCCAAGACAGUCUGGUGGGAAACAUAUCAGUUAUGGGAUGAGGUGCUACACCAAGUUGGAAAGGCAUACUACAAAGCGAGGCCGCCCAAGAAAGGAUCGCGAAGCAGAACAGGGCCCAGGCCAGCCCUUCCAAUAUCGCAGCGCACGAUGGGCAAGAUCCCAGCAGCCGGCGGGUCCAAACUGCAGACCCGACCGCAACCUUUCCACAUGCAGCUCGUCCGGCAGCGCUCAUCCGUGUUAAACAGUUGA